ACAGUGGCUGCAAUAGCGCCGCCACACACACGGCGCGACGAAACCGCAUUGCAAUGUCACGCGUAUAAAAAUACGUGCCUGCGCGUUCAAGGAUUGUACCGUACUAGGCCUACAUGUAGUCAGCUUGUGUGAGAGGGAUCGGUCUGCUUGAGCAAGGGAGUUGAAAUUUCCUCACUUGUGCACGAAAUGGAGGCACCACCAACCAUAGAGACGGUUAUCCAGGCCGUCACAGCCCUUUAUCACAACCCCGAUGCGUCGGAGAAGGAAAGAGCGUCCCGGUGGCUUCAUGAAUUUCAACGAUCGAUGCAUUCCUGGCAGAUCUCGGACCAGCUCUUAAGGAUGAAGCAAGAUGUGGAGGUCUGCUAUUUUGCUGCUCAGACAAUGAGAUCAAAGGUUCAAUACUCGUUCCACGAGCUGCCGCCCGACUCUCACCAAGCCCUGAGGGACUCCCUCAUCAAUCACAUCGAGAGCCUUAACGACCCCAACUAUCAGAUCAUCCUGACCCAGCUCUGUUUGGCCCUUUCUGACCUGGCCCUACAGAUGGUCCUGUGGAAGAACUCCCCCAAUUAUCUGAUUCAGAGGUUCGCUGCCGAUGCCUCCCAGAUUCUCAUCCUCCUGGAGCUGCUGACGGUCCUCCCCGAGGAAGUCCACAGCCGGUCGCUGCGCCUCGGCAUGAACAGGAGGGAAGAGUUUACCCAGGAGUUGGCCCAGGCUGCCCCCACCGUCAUCCACAUCAUGCAGGAAGCUUGCUGCAAGACGUACAUCGGUGAUCAUCGUCUCUUGGGAAGGAUCUUCAAGUGUCUAGCCAGCUGGUUUUACCCUGGGAUCAUCCCCAGCAACGAGGUGGCCGGCAGCACGCUGGUCAACUUGCUCUUUGAUAUCCUGAAGAAACCCGACACGCCAUCCAUGCUACACGAGGCGGCCAGCGACUGCAUCUGCUCUGCCCUCUACGCCAUGGAGGACAUCGAAGAACACCUGACCUUGGCCGAGACGCUGUACAGGGGAAUCAUGCAGCUGCCCGAGUCCUACGCGUUAGUUGUCGCCGGUGAAGAUGUGGACAAGGCGAUUAAUUACAGUAGGAUAUUCACAGAGCUUGCUGAAGCAUUCAUGGAGGUCAUGGUAGAAACGCCAAAUCAGGGUCUUGGUGAUCUGAACAUCCUGGAUGCGGUACUGACCUGCGUAGGCCACUGCCAAUACGAAGUAGCCGAGAUCACCUUCAACUUCUUCUACCGCCUGUCGGAGAUCCUGUACAAGAGGCGCCAAGACGAGCUGAAUGAGAUCUACCGGCCGUACAUCGAGCGGUUAGUCAGCGCCCUUUGCACCCACUGUCAGAUGGAUUCCGAUCAUGAAGGCAUACCGGAUGAGAACGACGACUUUGGCGAUUUCAGGAUCAGGGUCUCAGAGCUCAUCAAAGAUGUCAUCUUCCUAGUGGGGUCAACCACUUGCUUCUCACAGAUGUUCAGAAAUCUAGCUAGUCAGGGUUCGGCUGUCAUGUGGAAUGUAACGGAGGCCUCGUUGUUUGUCAUGUCAUCAGUCGCUAAGAAUGUUCUUCCUGAAGAGAACGGUGUCGUUCCACAAGUCAUCCAAGCCAUCCUUGCACUCCCAGAGGAAACCCACGUAGCCGUCAAAUACACCAGCAUCCAAAUGUUAGGAGAACUAUCAGAAUGGAUUGAUAACCACCCACAGACGCUAGAACCCAUCCUAAACUUCCUGACCAGCGGUCUACGCAACAACCACCUGUCCUCCGUGGCAGCCACUUCCAUCCAGAGCAUCUGCAUGACGUGCCAGGAUCACCUGGUCUCACACCUAGAGGGGCUCCUGCAGAUUGCGCAGGCGGUGGACGCCUUCAACUUGUCACAAGAGGCUGCCAUAGGCCUGAUAGAAGGCACGGCGUUAGUGUUGACCAGGAUGCCUCUAGACAAGAUUCAGGAAGGUCUGAAGCAGCUAAUGUUUGCUCAGGUGACACCCCUCAGUCAGGUUCUCAAAGGAGAGCUAGAAGGCAAGUCCAGCUUGACCAGUGAUCCCACGGUUUGGCUGGAUAGAAUAGCUGCAAUAUUCAAAAAUACAAACCCCCCUAUCACCAACGGGCAGACACACCCCUGCCAAGCUGUCCUGCUGGAAAUCUGGCCAGUACUAUCCAACACGUGCAAUAAAUACCAGGGCGACAUCCGCAUCAUUGAACGCUGCUGCCGCUGCAUACGCUUUGCCAUCCGCUGUGUGGGCAAAGGCUCGGCCCAGCUCCUGACGCCGCUGGUCACACAGAUGGUGACAAUUUACCAGGCGCAUCAGCAUUCGUGUUUCCUGUACCUUGGCAGUAUACUAGUUCAUGAAUAUGGGGCUGAGCCAGGCUGUAUACCAGGCAUCAUAGACAUGCUACGAGCUUUUAUAGUGCCCACCUUUCAGAUUCUAAGACAGCCCCAGGGCUUGAGGAAUCACCCGGAUGUCGUGGAUGACUUCUUCAGACUCUGCUCAAGGUUAUUACAAAGGUGCCCUGUAGCCUUUCUACAGUGUACCUCAUUUGAGCCUAUCGUAGAGUGUGCGCUAGCCGCGCUGUCGCUGGAUCACAGGGAAGCCAAUGCAUCCGUCUGCAAGUUCUUUCGGGAACUGACACUGUGCACUUCAUCAAAAUGGGAGAGCCAAGACUUCGAGACCAGGAAAAACCUGGUCCUGAGUCUGCUGGAGAAACAUGGGCCAGCCAUCACCAAGGGCAUCGUGGACGCCUGCGUCUUCUACCUACCCUCCUACAUGACGCCCGAUAUCUCUGAGGUGCUCUUUGAAUUGAUCCAAGUGAACAGAGAGACCACAUCAACCUGGCUGGAAGCAGCGCUCAAGUCUCUCCCCGCCGAGACGCAAGACGGCCGGAUCAAUGCAACGCAGAAACAGCUCACUGACUUCCACAAGACUGUCACAAGUGCUGAAGAGCUCAUUGUGGUCACUUAUGCCAUGAAGGACUUCACCCGCCUCUUCAGAUGAUCCUGGAGACGCCUCAUUGGUCAUGUCAGCCAAAGCUCCGCGGAAGAGCCAUCUCUCCCAGCCACCCAGUCUAUCGAAAAGAGGAUUUCCCCCCACCACCCUCCCUGUCUGCUCUGCUGUUGCCCCUUUUCUGUCCCCUUCCCCCACUGCCCUGUCAUCCCUCCCCCGUCUCCGUCUCUUACCCACACCUGAAGAGGAGUCCUCAGUGUGACUGAUUUUUCUCAUUUGAUGUUGCAUAAGCCACAAAACAUCAACUUCUUGUUAUAGUCAGGUGCAAGUAAUAUAUAAAUAUGGCCGUGCAUUUCUCGGUUUUACAAUUUUUGAUAUUUUCCAGGUCGUUAGAGCAGUUGGUUACAUCUGUAAGCUGGCAGUCCAAAUGAAAUGGCCCUUCCUCCAAGAUGAUUGUAUUUUACACCUCUUUUAUACGAAAUGCAAACUUGCAGUUUAGUGACUUGACACAUGAUCCCGUCAGCUUGAAAUUUCGAAAGAUAAUGAAUUUGUUGAAAUGUUCACACAGAUUUCGCUUUGAUCCCAGCGUUGCAUGCUGCCAAAACUGAAGGAAAUAAAAUGCCAUGGAAGACUCACAAGUAGGAAGCAGACAUGUUUUUAAAUCUAGGAAUACGUACAGAAGCCUUGAAUUUUUUUUAACUUGUCAAAUCUCUUCUAUUCCUGCGCCACAUUUCCAGCAUACUUUCUGUUAAUAUUUGAUGUCAACAAUAGCCCAAUAACAAUUCCUCCCACAAAGAGCCGGCCAUAGUGAUGUCUAGAGUAAUGUCCCUGGUAAGCGAUGAUUUCUGAGCAGCCGAUGUAGGUUACACUCAUCUACCACAUGGGUUACCAAAACACCAAAUUAGCAUUGGGGAUACUAUUUGGCUUUGAGAUUAAUGACAGGUUUUUGAAUGCUACCCAUUCAAGCAGAAUUGGAAUGAACAGGAAAAUUUCUUUCAACAUGCGACCUUUGUUGGCUGGAGAUGUGUCCUCACAUCACAUGUAUGUGACGACAGGCAAGGUCUUUAAAGCAUCUGGAAUUAUAUUGGAUACUUUGCUCUGUAAAAACCAUCGUAGGCUUCCUGCUUAUAGUGGCCGUAUUAGCCUGGUUCAAACCUCACUUGUAACAAGCAGGAAACAGUGCCCAAGUGUGCACUUUAUAAUGUUCAAGCUGACCUUGUGUCAGAGGUCAAAUGGACUAGGCAUCCCUAGUUAUGCUCAGUCUCUGAGGGGAAAGCCGUGUCCCAACCAUCUGGCUGUGGCCGGGAGUAAUAUUAUGCAUUUAUGGGAAGCAGCCGCAGCCUUAAAAGCUGGCUGACUAUAAAGCCAGCAAGAGUGCUUUGUCUAAUCAUUUUGGCUCCGAUGUUUGCUCAACCCUGCAUUUUACCUUCCCUUUCUUCGAAGAACGGUAGGACAAAAGUAGUUUAAUGAUCCUGCAAAUCAGAGAGUUCCAAAAUCUUAGUCAUCACUGCAAGUGCUAUAAUUAUGCAUGCUUCUCAUUUUUUUAAAAACUGUGUUGGGAAAGAAUCAUGACAGUGUGGCAUUGCUGUCACUUUCAUCCGACGGAAAGGAAAGCUUCGUCGAGGAAGUCUUCAUCAAGAUAAACUGGAUUUUGUUUGGGUUUAUUUUGGUUUUUCUGUUCAUUUUUUUCUCAAUCGGUUAUACUGUAUGCGUACUGUUUUAGUUUCAAUUACCUGCCUCGUUUUAAUUUUUAUGGUGUAAAUAUUUCUCGUCCGAAGUAAUACAUGUACUUUACUGUGCAACCUCCUUCCGCAAUUUUGCUUUCGAAUUCCAAUAUGUAAGUUUGUUUCAUGUACUGUUAUUUGUACAGACUUAACAGAAUCACUGACGUGAGAUUUGGCUUCCUCAUUCCUGAA